AUAUUAAAGCUAAAAUCACAAAUAGUUACAAAAUUAAGGGAUCAAAAAGUGUAAAUAAUCGACGGACUAAAACACAGUAUAGUAUACACAGCAGCACGGAGCAGAAAAUAUAGGGCAAAAAUCCGACGGCACUGAUUGGUCCCUUUCCCCAUGGACGAAAUUGCCCAGUACUAUCAUCAGCACCCUUAUUAUCAAACUCCACCGCCACCAGUCCCUCCGCCGCCACCUGGCACCACCCUCCACGCGCCGCCGCAGCCGGCGGUAGUGGUCCAGUCACUUCCUAUUCCGCAGUACCACCACCCUCACCAGCCACCUACCCCCGCAUACGUGCCCCCGCUGCCUGUUUAUCCCCAGCAUUCGCACGACGAUGUUCGAACUCUCUUCAUUGCUGGGCUUCCUGAAGAUGUUAAGCCUCGAGAAAUUUACAAUCUAUUUAGAGAAUUUGCAGGAUAUGAAUCUUCUCAUCUACGUAGCCAAACAUCUAGUAAUUCUCAGCCAUUUGCUUUUGCCGUCUUUGCGGAUCAACAGUCAGCACUUAUCGCAAUGUAUGAACUGAAUGGAAUGGUUUUUGACUUUGAGAAGGAUUCCAAAUUGUACAUUGAGCUUGCUAAAUCAAAUUCAAGGUCGAAAAGGUUACGGCCAGAUGAUGGGAAGCCUGUAUCGGAGAAGAGGAUUAAAGGUUCUGCUGCUAUUUCUAGAGACAGUGGUUCUGGUUUUGGCAGCAUUCACAUGCCUGGAAUGGGUAAUUCUGCUUACAACACGAUUGGUUAUCCAUCUACACAAAGUCAGGGAAAGUUUGAUGGUAGACUUGGGAAUCACGCUGCUUCUAAAACGGCAGCUGAUCCAUGUCCAACACUCUUCGUUGCUAAUCUGGGCCAAAGUUGUAAAGAGCAAGAGCUGAUUCAAGUAUUUUCAAGAUGUCGGGGGUUUUUAAAGUUGAAGAUGCAGAGUACAUAUGGAGCUCCUGUUGCGUUUGUUGACUUUCAGGACACUGCCAGCUCAACUGAGGCAUUGAGUAAUCUUCAAGGCACCAUUCUGUAUUCUUCCACUGGAGAGGGCAUGCGACUGGAAUAUGCGAAAGCACGGAUGGGACUGCGAAGUAAGAAGUCAAGGUAAAUGCUUGGGGCUACAAUAGAAUAAAGAUCUCGUCAAGCAAUGCCAUCAACAAAUAACAAUCUAUCAUUUGCUUGGUUGUGUAUUGGCAACGGGUUAAAAUAUUACUUGUUCACCUUCAAUCUUUCCAUUAGUUUGGAUGUCGCUACUGUGAACCACAACCAUGUUUCUUUUUCAAAGUUUGUUCUUCAAUUUUUCCUUGUAUGUGCAAGUUAGUUCCUCUUUCCUUUUGCUGCGGCUUGUUCCCAUCUCUGUUGUCUCAUCAACUAAAGGAGCAUUAGUCAUUUGCACCUUAUUAAUUUCAUAUAACAUGCACCCUUUGAACUUUGUGCUUCGA